AUGGCCACCAUCACCGACACAGUCAAGAGCUGCUUCUCCUGGUUCCACGAAUUCAACGCCUACAUGGACCGCGUUCUCGGACCAACACAUAACUACAGCUUCGCCUUCUCACCAAACAGCCUCCUCUCUCCUCACGCAUGGGUCCAUCUGCUCGCAAGACUUUGCAUCAUCAUCCCACUCGCCAUGAUCACAGUCGUGAUCAUCCCAUUCGCCAUACCAAUGGACAAGAUCACCAAGGCGAAGAUCGUGGGUUGCUCCCACCUUCUCCUACUCCCACUCCUCUUCUACGUGCCUAAGACUCUAUUUCACGGCAUCCGCGAUCCUGCCAUUCGUCAGGGGACAUGGUUCCAUGACUUCGAGUGCGAUGACGUUCACAGAUGGGUGCAGUAUUACGACAUGCUCGCGGAUGGGCUACAGACUUUUGCCGUCUUCCUGGGCAUGUGGGGCGCGACUAUGUCGUCUGAUGUUGGCAAGAAGCCGGAUGAGUACGAUGAGAAGAAGUUGGCAGGUGAUGACAGAUUGGCGGAGAAGGAGGAGAACGAGGGAAAGGAGAAGAUGAAGAUUUUGAUCAUAAGCGAUGAGGGCAAGAAGAACGUGGAGGCAGAAGCAAUCUAG